AUGCAUUUACCAAGUUUUUUGUCGAUAUUCUUUUUCUUGUUAGAUGACAUUAUCAAGCUGAACAAGGAACAACAAAGUAAAACUGCUUUCAAUGGGGGAGCACAGACCAAUUCCUUUCAGUGGUUUCGGAACAAAUGGGGUUCUCGACGGCCAACAGGCAACCGAGUACAGGGAAAGAAAAAUGGAACAUUUGGGGUUAAAACAGGCUUGGCAUUACGGAAAAUGACUUCAUGGAAAGGUGUCAGUCCGCUAAACCGCCCUCCACUUAGUCUUAGGAAUUCAGAAGGUCAGUGGUCACCCUUCAGGAGGAGAACAAAUCUUUCCAGGCGCCUAGGGUUUGUACCUUCUCUAAAGAGAAAUUAUUUUCAUAGUAGUUAUUCUCAGACUUCUGCUUUUAGAAGAGGAUUGAGGACAGAUGAACAAAGAGACCAACGACAAGCAACUUAUUUUCAGAAGAGAGGCUUAAAGGUUGAGACUACCAUGGACAUGGAUCAACUUGAAGAGUUGCCAGAAUUGAAGAGGACUCAUCCUUGGAGGACAUCUAUGAACAGCAGUGGUAUUUUGACGGUAUCAAUCGAUAAUCCUACUGCAGCUUUGUUACCUAGUACAAGGCUGCCCCGACCCCCAUUACCUUUUUUGUUGAAAAAGGAGGGUUCAGAACCUAAGGUACCCAAAGGAGUCCCUUUAGACUUUGAUAUAAACAGCGUUGUAAAACAGACGGGAAUCACAUUAAAUGAACGUUUCAAGAUUCUAAAAGAACAAAGACUGUCUCAGGCUAUGAGCAAAGGCAGCAGAUUUGUGACUGUAGGAUGA